AUUUGAAGUGGGGUUUGUAUUAUGUUUGUGGUUUGUAGGUUACAUAUUAUUAGGUAGAGAGUAAAAAGUUGAAAAAAGAAGGAAGAGGGGUGAGCAGGCGGAUCAAAUCAUCUGUUCUACUUGUCUUGUGGGGAAGCAGCAGAACACGCGAGUGAGUGAGUUGUUGUCAUCUCCUUAUUCGUUAUAUGUGGAGACCUGAACCGUUUAGGGUUUUGCUUCUCGCGCGUCCAAUUACACUUCUGCUAUGGAACUUGAUCAAUCUUACUUCUUCUGACCAAAUAAUACGCCUCCACACAAUUAUUCAUCUCUAUAAUGCGCUCCAAGGAUAAAAUCUCCUAUUUCUAUGACGGGGAUGUGGGGAACGUGUACUUCGGCCCCAACCACCCGAUGAAGCCGCAUCGGUUGUGCAUGACCCACCAUUUGGUUCUCUCUUAUGAGCUCCACAAGAAGAUGGAAGUUUAUAGGCCUCACAAGGCAUAUCCUGUGGAGCUAGCACAGUUUCAUUCCCCGGAUUAUGUGGAGUUUCUGCAGCGAAUUACUCCCAACACACAAGAGUUGUUCUCGAAUGAGAUGGUCAAAUAUAACCUUGGAGAAGAUUGUCCAGUCUUUGACAAUCUCUUUGAGUUUUGUCAAAUUUAUGCUGGUGGUACAAUAGAUGCUGCACGGAGAUUGAAUAAUCAGCUCUGUGACAUUGCCAUAAAUUGGGCUGGUGGAUUGCAUCAUGCUAAGAAGUGUGAGGCAUCUGGAUUUUGUUACAUCAAUGACCUAGUUUUGGGCAUUUUGGAGCUUCUGAAGUAUCAUGCACGUGUGCUAUAUAUUGAUAUCGAUGUGCAUCAUGGUGAUGGGGUUGAAGAAGCCUUCUAUUUCACUGAUAGGGUGAUGACUGUUAGUUUUCACAAGUACGGGGACUUGUUCUUUCCUGGAACAGGUGAUGUCAAGGACGUUGGAGAAAGAGAAGGCAAAUUUUAUGCCAUAAAUGUCCCUCUUAAGGAUGGAAUUGAUGAUGGCAGCUUCCUACGUCUCUUCAAGACGAUCAUUUUGAAGGUUAUGGAGUGCUAUGCACCUGGAGCUAUUGUGCUCCAAUGUGGAGCAGAUUCACUUGCUGGGGACAGAUUGGGGUGCUUCAACCUCUCCAUUGAUGGGCAUGCAGCUUGUGUUAAGUUUGUGAAGCAACUGAACUUGCCUUUGCUGGUGACUGGAGGUGGUGGAUAUACUAAAGAGAAUGUUGCUAGGUGUUGGACCGUGGAGACAGGAGCUCUUUUAGGUGUGGAGCUCCCUAAUGAGAUCCCAGAAAACGAUUACAUCAAAUAUUUUGCUCCAGACUAUUCCUUGAAAUGUCCGAGCGGCCACUUGGAGAAUUUAAAUAGUAAGUCAUACCUUAACACAAUCAGACAGCAAGUAUGUGAAAACCUUAGCUCCAUCCAACAUGCUCCUGGUGUACAAAUGCAUGAGGUACCUCCGGAUUUCUACAUUCCUGAUUUUGAUGAAGAUGAGCUGAAUCCUGAUGAACGAGUAAAUCGACACAUACAAGACAAGCACAUCCAGCGCGAUGAUGAAUAUUAUGAAGGCGAUAAUGACAAUGACCAGACCAUGGAUGAUUCAUGAAGUGUAAUCUGAAUUUUUUUCAAGAGGGGUUAGGUCUAUGCUCAAAAUGUGAAUAUACAGCAAAUUUGUGCCUUAGCUUCCAUGUGUAUGUAUAUUGGCUGUGAUCAGGAACAUAAAAACAUAGCAAAUCUAUGUCCCACCAGGACUUGAACGUGCCUGUAGCUGUCAUUGUUUCCUGUCUAAUUUAUUGAUUUGGUCUGGUAACUUAGUUGUUGUAUUUAGUGAACAUGUGAUAAAACAUCAAAUUUUAUC